UGUGACUACAACUAGAAAGGAUUUUGAGUCGCUCUAUCCAACACAACAAAUAAGUGAGAAGAUAUUGUACUUGACUAUCUUGAAAUAUGUCCAUAAUCAGACUUUAUUGACAUGGAAAAAUAUCUGGCAGCUUCCUUCAGCUUUUGCUGAUGCCAUAUUGGAUGGAAAUAAUUUGGAUGAGAUAUUGGUUUCCAUGGUCAAACAGUUCAUGCAGCCUACUAAGGAUCUUCAGUUUAUAUACAUGCCAAUGAGAGACAUUGAGCAUCGAUAUCUCAUGGUUAUCAGCAUACAUGAUAGCGUACUUUGGCAACUGAAUUUUUAUUUUGAAGAUAAUGAUUUUGAGUGUCGUAGAGACAAGAUGACAACAGUGGCUGUGACAGUAGAGCACAUUUUAAAAAGUGACAUUUACAAAGAAUGUAAACUUAAGAUGAAGGAAAACAUGCGGAGAUGGAGAAUUUAUGCUCCAAGAGAAAUUCCUAAUCGACAUCAAAGUCGUGAUUCUCCAUCAUGGGUUCUUCAAUGGAUGAAUUUGGAACAUGCCUUAGAUUCCCAAUGUUCUGAAGUUCAUGUGUUAGAUAAAAAUAGCACACAGAUGUACACUACAAUGUAGUUAUUCCAUGGGCGAUUCAAUGAACUCAAGGCUGAGAUAGCACCACUUGUUCAAGAGUUUUGGAACAUGCAUGUACUGAAAUGUAAAGUGCAUCAUAAUUAUGUCAUUGCUUUGUUGACUACAUAGAAUGACACUUCAUAUGAUUUCUUUCUUAUUCUGUUUUUUGGAGUUGUGUCGUCAAUUUGAAUUGUGAUAUUUCAUGACAUUAAUGUUUCAAAUAUUUUAUUCGAUAGUAUAUUGCUUAUUGUUAAAAAAAAAACGUGGGCCAUGUUCCAUCCACAAAUCUCAACAGUUUUAUAUUUAUAUGAUUAU